UCUUGCUUUAUUCAAUAUUAUACAGCUUUCAAGUGAAAAAAAAAGUUUUUGUUCAUUUAAACUUUAAUUGUUUUUCAAUAAACUGUGUAAUAAGAUGUUUCUUUCAAUUCUAAAAUAAAGCUAAAUAAAAUAUAAUUUAACAAAGCAAAUUUAAUUAAGAAUUUAAAAACGAUUAUACCUUAUUUAAUCGCAUAUAUUUUGCAUAUCUAAUGCAUAAUAAUAUUUAAGAUUUUCUAAUUCUGGAAUAAUAAAAUAAACAAAAAUAAAAUAUUGAAAAAAUGGAAGUAUAUACAUCUGAUAGCAGUGACACAGAUUCCCGGGAGCAGAAAACGCUUGAUUAUGGCAGAAUGAACUUAAGUUCAAGUUUUAUCGAAGAAAAUAUGUUUUCAAUUUCUGUAAAAUCUAAUCGUACCAGAGAGUUUACUGAUAUUGAAACCUGUCUAAUUAACCAUAAUCAAUUAAAUGUAUUACCACCAUCAUUAUUUAAAUUUAUUAAUUUGAAAAUAUUGGAUUUGAGCAAUAAUAUGUUGAGUCAUUUACCAGAUGAAUUAUUUAAAUUACCAUUAAAUAAACUUGUAGUAAAAAACAAUCUUUUAACAAACGAAUCAUUACCAAAAUCGUUUUUAAUUAAUAAAAAUGGUGUUUCAAUGUUAAAGGAAUUAAAUCUUAGUGGAAAUAUGUUAACUCAUUUUCCUGAACAAAUAUUAGAUCUGCACAAAUUGAGAUAUUUGUAUUUAGGUGGAAAUAAAAUUCAAUCAAUUUCAAAAGAAAUAUGGAAAAUGAAUGGAUUACAAAUAUUAUCCAUAGGCGGGAAUUUGCUAACUGAAGUUCCUGAUACAGUUGGAAGUUUGAGUCAGUUAAAACUUUUGGUUUUGUCUGAUAAUCAAAUAGAAUGUCUUCCUUCAAGUAUAGCUCGUUUGAAAAAUUUGAAAUCUUUGAAACUUCACAAAAAUCAUUUAAAACAUUUACCGAAAGAUAUUGUAGCUUUGAAGCAUUUAACAGAAUUGAGUUUAAGAGAUAAUCCGUUAGUUGUGCGGUUUGUUCAAGAUAUGGCUUUGAAUCCUCCAAGUUUAAUGGAGUUAGCUGCACGUGUAAUUAAAAUAUCUGGAAUAAAGUACAAACAAGAUGAUCUUCCGAAAACUACGAUCGAAUAUUUAAAUAAUGCUAAUUGCUGUGUCAAUCCUAAAUGCAAGGGAGUUUUUUUUGACAAUCGAGUUGAACAUAUUAAGUUUGUUGAUUUUUGUGGAAAAUAUCGUGUUCCUCUAUUGCAGUACUUAUGUUCUUCAAAAUGUAUUGAGCCGUUCAGUUCAUCUAGUAGAAGUUCAACAAGUUCAGAUUCAGAAGCAUCCAGUUCAGAACAGAGUACAAGUGGAUACAUGAUGAGAAAAGUUUUACUUGGUUGAUUUUUGUUUGUUUGCACAUGCUUAUUAACAUACACUUACCAUUUAUCUUGCGAAUUCAAAGCUGACAAUUUAGUUUUGUUACUUAAAUUAAAUUAGUAAAAUAGUUAUUUUUAAAUAAUGUGAUACAUACAUAUGCAUUUCGAAAAUAGAAAAUGAACUUCAAUUGGAAACAAUGGUUCACAAAAA